AUGCUUGACACCAACGCUUUAAUUUUGUUAGGUGGAUUGGUGAUAUGCCUCUUAUUAUCCCAUAAACAGAUAACUGCUUUAUAUAAGAAGAUCGAUACUGGUUAUCUUAAGAAAUAUUUAAGUUUUUCACCAUCGAGUUCUCCUGCUGGAUCCAGAAAAAACUCAUCGUAUGGUGCUAAACUUGAACCAUUGCCAAAACCAACCCCAUUGAUGAUUACUCCAGAACAAGUUAAGAAUUAUGAUGACAGACCAUGGAGACCAUUCAGAUGGCCAUAUCAUCAAACUAUGUCUAUAUUCAAACUUGAUAUCAAUCAUUGGUUAGAUAUGGAUAAGUAUUACUGGCACUAUAUACAAGAAAAGGAAAGAAUCUGGUUAAAAUAUGGGAAGGAGAAUAUUGAUUGGCUUCCAGGUAGUGAAGACGCCUGUUUUGAAUUGAUGGAAACUGUCGUUGAGCAUAUGACCGCAAGAUAUCCAUUAUUAUUUACUGUUUUAGAAGAUAAAGGUUCGGAUGGUAAAAUCAUUAAAAAUGAAUUAACCAAAGAAGUAUUAGAUAUGACUCUACCAUUGAAAGAAAACCCUUUGAUUUAUGUUAGUAAAUUAGCAAAAGAAGAUUUUUACAUUGUUAAGAAGAAUCCAGAAGAUGGGAAACAUUAUUUGGUUGCAGCUGCUGUUCCUUUCCCCGGUGGUUCCUUUGGUAUUGAUCAUAAGAUUGGUAAACAUUUAGAUGUUAUUCAUGACGACGUUCCUUACUAUCAUGAAAAAUUGAAAAAAUCAAUGGAAAGAUGGUUUGAAAGAUUAGCUCCAGAAAACCCUGUUGAAAGAGCGUCAUGGUAUAUUUCGUGGGAUCAUAAGUUGAAAGUGAGUAAUGUUUACAGAAUCCCUAAAUUUGAAGCCGAUACCGUUGCUGAUAUUAAUUCAACUGAUCCCAAAGAAUUUAAUGUUCGUGUUGAAAGACAAACUUUAAGAAGAUUACCAAAAUCUCAAGCCAUUAUUUUCACUAACCAUCCAGUUUUCUAUUCUAUUGAAGAAAUGAAAAAUGAACCUUUGGUUCCUUCUUUGAUCAAAAAAAUUAUUUACGAAGGUCCUAAAGAUAUUAUCAAAUACAAGAAUUUUGAAGUCCUUCGAGACCACAUUUCAACUUACUUGGAUUCGUUAAUUAAAAGACAAAUUGAUAAAGGUAUCAUUAAAGAAGAUACUCCUUUGAAGACCUUGCCUACGUACCCAUUUGCCUAUUGGGCUAAAACCGAUUUUGACUUUGUCAACGGAUGGCUGAAUCCAACCGUAGACAAAAAGAAAUUUGAUUAUUCGGCAACUGCAAAAGAUGAAUUGGUCUAUGAAGACGAUUGA